UGCUGGCUCCCAGGUCUCAUGGCGGUCCGAGCGUCUUUCGAGAACAACUGUGAGAUCGGCUGCUUUGCUAAGCUCACCAACACCUACUGCCUGGUGGCCAUCGGGGGAUCGGAGAACUUCUACAGUGUGUUCGAGGGUGAGCUCGCCGAUACCAUCCCCGUGGUACACGCGUCCAUCGCCGGCUGUCGGAUCAUCGGGCGCAUGUGUGUGGGGAACAGACAUGGUCUCCUGGUGCCCAACAAUACUACCGACCAGGAACUGCAACACAUUCGCAACUCCCUCCCAGAUUCAGUGCAGAUCCGUCGUGUGGAGGAACGACUCUCAGCCCUGGGCAAUGUCACCACCUGCAAUGACUAUGUGGCCUUGGUCCACCCAGACCUGGACAGGGAGACAGAAGAAAUCCUUGCUGAUGUGCUCAAGGUGGAAGUCUUCAGACAGACUGUGGCAGACCAGGUGCUAGUAGGAAGUUACUCUGUCUUCAGCAAUCAGGGAGGGCUGGUGCAUCCCAAGACUUCAAUUGAAGAUCAGGAUGAGCUGUCCUCUCUCCUUCAGGUGCCCCUUGUGGCGGGCACUGUGAACCGAGGCAGCGAGGUGAUCGCUGCAGGGAUGGUGGUGAACGACUGGUGUGCCUUCUGUGGCCUGGACACUACCAGCACGGAGCUGUCUGUGGUGGAGAGUGUCUUCAAACUGAAUGAAGCCCAGCCCAGCACCAUUGCCACCAGCAUGCGGGAUUCCCUCAUUGACAGGUACCUGUGGCCUCGCCUCUCUUCUGCCUAG